UGCGCAGACAACACCGCGGCAAAGCUCUCAUCGGCGUGCUUGGCAGAUGAAUCGCUUUCAUGCAAUACCUACCUGCCCCUGAAUCGUGAAUACGCAGAGCAAGUCUUCGUCUUCUCGCCUCCGUGUACCCUUCACUGCAACAACAUCUUGCUCUCGUCGCAUCAGGCUACGCUCACUCGAAGCGCGCACCUUUUCUUCGCAAGUACUGGCGCAACGCAUACGAACGCAUCACUCCAAUUACGCCAGCAUACACCCUCACCAUGGCCAGCGCCGAAAUCCCAUCCGAGCUCAAGCAGCGCUUCGACGCUGCGGGACAAGAUCACGUCUUUGCCUUUUGGUCCAAGCUUGAUGCAGAAGAGCGAAGCAAGUUUCAAGCGCAGCUCGAAGCUUUGGAUGUCAAACGCGUGAAUGCAGUCUACAAGAAGGCUUUGGAGGGGGAAGCGGAAGCUGCGGCGCUGGCUCAACAGCGCACUUCACUCGCUGCUCCGCCCGCCAGCAGCACUUUCUCAUCUGCAGGAUCUGGUUCGGGUGCUUCAGAGGCGAGCAAGUACCGCAGACGUGGACUCGAGGCUAUCGCGGCGGGUCAAGUUGGCGUCCUUCUGCUGGCUGGCGGUCAAGGUACGAGACUUGGAAGCUCGGCACCGAAGGGAUGCUACAACAUCGGCUUGCCAUCACGCAAAAGCCUCUUUCAGCUUCAAGCAGAGAGGAUCCGAAAGCUGGAAGAGCUCGCUGGGAAGGAGGCGAGGAUUCCGUGGUUCAUCAUGACCAGCGGUCCGACGCGCCAGCCUACUAUCGAGUUUUUCCAGCAGAAUGAGUACUUUGGUUUAAAGGCAGAAGACGUCAUCUUCUUCGAACAGGGUACACUGCCAUGCCUGACGAUGGAAGGAAAGGUCAUGCUGGCUAGUCCUUCAGAGAUUGCAACAGCACCCGACGGUAAUGGUGGCAUAUACACUGCACUUCGAGCGCCACUGAAAGGCGCUGGUGGGGCUGCGGAUGGAGAAACAGUGAUUAGCACGCUUCAAUCGCGGGGCGUGAAGUACCUGCACGCAUUCGGUGUGGAUAAUUGCCUCGUCAAGGUGGGCGACCCUACCUUUGUGGGUCUGUGCAUCGAGCGCGGCGUCUGUGCGGGCGUUAAGACAGUGGUCAAGACGGAUCCAGCAGAGAGCGUCGGUGUUGUAGCCCAGCGCAACGGCAAGUGGGGCGUCAUCGAGUACAGCGAAAUCCCAAAGGAGCUGUCAGAAGCGCGCGAUGAGGAUGGUCAGUUGAGUUUCAGAGCUGCAAACAUUGUCAAUCACUUUUACACCACCGACUUCUUGGCCAAAGAGGUUCCAGCCUUCGAGUCGGAGAUGGCUUUCCACAUUGCGCGCAAGAAAAUCCCGACCAUCGAUCUUGCGAGCGGAGAAGCUGUCAAGCCGAGCAAGCCAAACGGGAUGAAGUUGGAAUUGUUCAUCUUUGACGUCUUUCCCUUCAUCAAGGACCUCGCCGUCCACGAAGUCGCCAGAAGGUCCGAAUUUUCGCCGCUGAAGAACGCGCCCAAUACUGGCGUGGACGACCCGCAGACAAGUCGAAGAGAUUUGCUGGCGGAACAGAGGCGAUGGUUGGAAAGCGCUGGGGCAAAGAUCAACGACGCAGCUGAUAUCGAGAUUAGCCCUCUGGUCAGCUACGAAGGGGAAGGUUUGGAGAGCGUCAAUGGCAAAAUUUUGGACAAGAGCGCCAUCAUCGACCACAUUUGAGCGCUUGCACAUGGGCAGGGCACUAGGCAACACUAGACAUGCACCUCGCAUUACCAUUCACCUUUACAAUCACGAAUCGUAUCUUCAACCUUCUCCACUUCGCGAUCGAAAGUGCCACGAAUCGAACCUGCGUCUUGGUUCUCUCGCGCGCUCUCGCUCUCUGAAUCAUGUUGUGAUGGCACCCGGGAGAUCAUUCAAGAUUCCAGACAUAUGAUUGAGCAUUGCGUCGUACUAGCAGGGUGCGCUUCUGAAUCAAGAAUGGGCUGUCUGCUAGCCUCAGGAUUUCACCCUCAAAUGCCGGCGGUACGGGGAAAGAG